GUGUGUGUGUGUGUGUGUGUGUGUGUGUUUAGGGCAUAUAUAGGCCAGUGUAUUGUUUGAUGUUACAUUGUUACACAGUUUGCAGGUAGGACAACAUGGCAUUAACAAUUAAAUUACAACAGUAAUUACACUUAUAUUACUUGCUUAUGUUUUGUGAAGAGAAAGGAUGCGGUUAUUUAGAGAGAUAAAUAAGACAUUAAAUUACUGGCAAAUCAAGAUCUACUAUUGUGUGGUCACCAUUGAAUUCAAUUCUAUAUUAUUUUAUUUUGGGGAUGGGGGAUUCUAACGCACACUGGACUGGCUGAAAGAUCUCACAGGUCUGGAGUCGUGGGAACUAUUUGAAUGCACAGCACACAGUUAACACCGUGAGGGUAUCACCAUGAACAGAAACAAGCGUGAGAAAGAGUAUUACAGUAUAGAUGUCGGAGAUUCCACCUUCACAGUCCUGAAGCGCUACCAGAAUUUAAGACCCAUCGGCUCUGGAGCACAAGGCAUCGUGUGCUCAGCAUAUGACCACAUCUUGGAGAGAAAUGUCGCUAUUAAGAAGCUCAGUCGACCAUUUCAGAACCAGACCCACGCCAAACGGGCUUACAGAGAGCUGGUGCUCAUGAAGUGCGUCAACCACAAGAAUAUAAUUGGCCUCCUAAAUGUUUUCACACCGCAGAAAACACUCGAAGAGUUUCAAGACGUUUACCUGGUCAUGGAGCUGAUGGAUGCUAACCUGUGCCAGGUGAUUCAGAUGGAGCUGGACCAUGAGCGACUCUCCUAUCUGCUUUACCAGAUGCUCUGUGGCAUCAAACAUCUACAUGCAGCUGGCAUUAUACACAGGGACCUGAAGCCAAGCAACAUUGUGGUGAAGUCAGACUGCACGUUGAAGAUCCUGGAUUUUGGCUUGGCUCGCACAGCUGCAACUGGGCUCCUUAUGACCCCCUACGUGGUGACACGUUAUUACCGUGCACCAGAGGUCAUACUAGGCAUGGGCUACCAGGCCAAUGUUGAUGUCUGGUCUGUUGGCUGCAUCAUGGCCGAAAUGGUCAGAGGCAGUGUGCUAUUUCCAGGCACUGAUCAUAUUGACCAGUGGAAUAAGGUGAUCGAGCAGCUGGGCACACCGUCUCAGGAGUUCAUGAUGAAGCUGAACCAGUCUGUUAGGACCUAUGUGGAGAACAGGCCCCGAUAUGCAGGGUACAGUUUUGAGAAGCUUUUCCCUGAUGUUCUGUUCCCUGCUGACUCCGAUCACAACAAGCUCAAAGCGAGCCAGGCUCGAGACCUUCUGUCCAAAAUGCUGGUUAUAGACGCAUCCAAACGGAUCUCUGUGGACGAAGCGCUACAGCAUCCCUACAUCAACGUGUGGUAUGACCCGAGUGAAGUUGAAGCGCCUCCACCGUUGAUCACAGACAAGCAGCUGGAUGAGAGGGAACACACUGUGGAGGAGUGGAAAGAGCUGAUAUAUAAAGAGGUGCUGGACUGGGAGGAGCGCUCGAAAAACGGUGUAAUCCGUGGACAACCGGCUUCAGUGGCACAGGUGCAGCAGUGACCAGCAGCUCCCAGCGCAACUCCACAUCCUCCUCAUCCUCCGUGUCAACCGUCCUCGCACUGUCAUCUGAAUCAGAAAGCAGCUUGGAGACUGUGUUCUCCUCUUACUAUACCAGGCCAGUCGGCUGCUGCAGUUGACCAUCCCCCCAUCUUUCUCGUCUCUGUGACGUUUAUCCAUCCGUUUUUUCAGACUGACUAGUUUCUUUUCGGGCGGGGUAAAAGUCUGAGUAAAGGUGGGAGUUUUUAAAAGGCACCUUAAGAAGCUUUGACACCAAACCAGCAUUACUUUGGUUGCUUUUGUGUGUGUGUUUGUUUGUUUUUUUUUUUGUUUUUUUUUUGGAGGGGGGGGGGGGACACGACUCGAUUUAGUGUCAGACUGAAGAUAGCGCUGCAUCUCCUCAAUGCCGUGGUGGUCAUCUGUAAUGGUUGUAAAUUUAGAAUUGAAGAUGCUUUGACUUUCAAGAUUGCUGUGAGCCAAGGUUCUGGAAGUUAAGCAGAUUUGUUAAUGACUCAGCUCUUCCGUUCUGCUCUUGUUUUACAGUUAAAUACUGUCUUGAAUGAAUUUCCAAAAUAAUCGUUUGACAAGCAGGUAUAACUUUAGAUGCUUUCUCAUAUGACAAUGCUGUUUGGGUCAUAAAAAGCAUUUAGUCAGUUAUUUCACCAUUUUACAAAAAAUAUUUAUAAUUGGCAUUUUAGUGUACUUAUUUUGCCCUCUCUCUCUCUCUUUCUCUCUCUCGCUCUCUCUUAUGCUCUCUCUCACGCUCUCUCAUGCUCUCCUUUUGUGAUUUUGCUACCAGACUUUGCUACCAUUUUAUUUCACAUAUGUCUCUGUAUGUGAUCCAUACUGUACAGGUUUUUGACGUUAAAACCAUAAAGAAAGUAAAUUAAAGAUUAUUAUUAUUAUUAUUAUUAUUAUUAUUAUUAUUAUUAUUGGUCUUUAGUGCUUUGUACAGCUCGGUGGUGGAAUGUUUCAAGGCUCUUGUAAGGCAAACUUAAGGUUUAAUCGUCUGCAUUUGACACAAAUUUGUGAGACCCUAUUUAAAAUGUCUCUUAGUGACCCAAUGCAUUUUGGGUAUUCCGUGUCAUUUGGACACUGUCUUUUGGGACAUGAUUUGUGGAAUGUGUUCUAUGAAUAGCAGUAUGCAUAAAAAGGUAUGAUUUUGAAAUGAUUUAAGAAUAUAGCGGCAUGUUCUGUAAGACUGGAUUAAAAAGCGCUUUCGCUCAGCAUUAGGCAUCCAUAACAUGACAUUAUUCAAUACAUUACUAUGAACAAAUUGUAAACUUCUGCAUUAAUGAUCCGUAAAUAAUUCUUAUUAUAUUAUCAAGCAAAGUAAUGACACUUGUGUUUAAUUGAUUUUUUUUUUUUUUUUUAAUGAAUGCAAUAUAAAACACCACGGAGUAAAUUUAUGCAUAUAGUAAUGUGGGCAACAUGAACACCGCCUUGGUGGAGCUAGCUAAACUAAAAUGUUUAGAAUGUUCUAAACAUUUAAUAAUGGAUUAGUUAACAUGCUGAUAUUUAUGGUUUGUUAAUGUUGAAUAAAGCUCUAAAUUUUAGUUACACAGUCUCUCCAGGAUUUUGAAAUGAAAAAUUUCACAGAAAUGAACGCAAUAUUCAGAAGAGCUAGGAAUUUUUCAAAAUUACUGCAGAAUGUUUGCAGAUUUGGUGCAAGACACACUGAUUUUAGUUUAAAAGAAGUUCUAAUUCAAAAGUGACAAUUCAAGUAAUUUUUGUAAAAAAAAAAAAAACAUUUAAAAAAAGGCACAAAAAUCUUUUGAAUAAUAAAGCCAUAGUAAAAUCAAGCAGCAACAAUCACAAAAAAAACUUGGAAAUCCUGGAGCCACUGGUUAAGAGAACCUUAAUGAAAGGUGAUCAUUUAUUAUUUAUUUUGUUUUAUUUUUGUAAAAGUUUUUAUGUUUUCAUACAUUUUCAGCACAUCUAGGUAACCUUGACUAGCAGUUUUUAGUUUUCGCUAGCCUUCCUGUUGAUGCGAAGCAACCAAACAAAGCAAGUCGACGCUAAAAUGAUGUAAACCUGUACGUGAUAGUGCUUUUCUUUUCCAGUUCUGUUAAUGUGAAAGUGCCUGUGAAAAAAAUCGUAUAGAUUCAUGUGUUUUGGAAAGUGCAAAUCACAGAUGGUAUGAUAUACAGAGUCUUUAUUUUUUUUAUUUUUUUUUUAACUUCUGAUAAAUUGUUGGAGUAAUAGUGUGUCGGGUGCACCAUGAUUAAUGGAACAGACGUGGAGUUGGGUAGGAUAGUUUUUUUGUUUUUAUUAAAAGAAAUUAAGCUGUAUAAAUUUGUGAAUGGAAGUUCAAAGUUGGAGAAGAAGCUAAUGUUGAUGUAAUGGUGGUGGUAGUGGUGGUGGUCCUUGAUGCGGUGUUCUAGAACGUAAAACGUCACGUUAUUGAGGGCUUUCUGUAUGUUGAUGACUGGCAGGAAGCUGAACAGGAGAUCAAGGAGAUCAUGCAGACAAAUUCGACAACUCUUUAAUCAAGUUACAGCACAGGUUUCUACGUGUCUGCAAUUAGCUUUUUUGUUCUUUUUUGUUGUACUUUUGUUCAAAGUGCUCUUAUAUUUCUUUGGCCUUUCUUUCCAAAGGCUGCAUAUAAAGAAAUGUUGUUGUUUUUUUUCUCAGAUGAAAUUCUUGUCUUUUGAUGAACUUGCUUUUCUUUUACUUCUUCGAAUGUGAUAGCGCAAAUACAAUUCUAUCACAUUUCAUUGAUAUUAGAAUUCUAAUUAAAGUACACAUUGAUCAACUACCUCACUCCAAAUUUACAACUUCUUGGAUAUUUAGCUUCCCAUGAGGUGUCCAGGAUGUGUUAAUACAAAUUCCAUUAUUUAUUUAUUUUGAAAGUUUGUCGAUAGUAGAAAACAUCUAGUUUUGUACAGUAUGUAUAUUUCACGUAGAAGUAAAAGGACUGUAAUGUAAUUUUUUUUUCUUUUUCUUUUUUUUUUCUUUUUUUUUUUUUUAACAGUUCAUGUGCAAUACCCUCUGCUUCAUGUGCUUAACUUGUAAUUGUAUGUAGCUACAAUAUGUUAGCUGUACGUUCCCAAAGGUAGAGAAAUGUUAGGUACCGUCAAUUCAGUUUCAGCUGAAAUGAAAUUCAUUUUUAAUUAUGUUUCCUGUGACUCAACUUAAUUUGUGUCACAAUCACUGGCGAUCUGAAACUAGAUGAAGGUGUACGUACGAUUUACAUGGCUCAUGGAUCAUUUUAGUAAAGUGAAAAGACAAAAAAGUAUAUGCCUUCUUGUCUACCCAUGUAAGCUAGUCUGUAAUCUUUGCUAGCAAUACUGGCAAUGCAAAAUCCUUACUGUGUGCACCUUCCUGCAUACAGACUAUCAGAAGUGCACUACUAGAAUAAAUGCACUGGGAUCUCACCAAGCCAAUGUUAAAACAUGUACUGCAAAUAAAUACUUCUGUUGGAA